AAAAGAGGAGGCAUGACUCGUCAUCUGCCCGCACUCUCUUUCCUCUCCCUCUGCUGCUGGCGCCCCCAACCCCGACGGUCGCCGCCUGCUCGCUCCCUCACCCGCCGCCGCCGCCGCCUCCGCGUUCCCGUCGCAGCGCGUCCGUCCGCCGGCCAUGGCGACGGUGGAAGGGUACAAGAUAGAGCUGCGCAGCCGCCUGGAUUAGGCCCAAGAACACGGCGAUCUGCGGCGACCAUGGAGACCGGCGACAUGGCCGGCGGUGGCAGGGAGGGGGAGCGGGAGAGGCCCCUCGGAUACGUCCUCUCGCUCCCGGCGGCGGCGCUGCCUUUGCCCGUCGCCGUCUCCUGCCUCGACGCCACGGUCCCGCGCAAGGCGCGCAGCCGCCCCCGCCUCCGCGCCCAGCCGUGCUCCUGGUGGACCUUCGAGCUCCCCGUCCCCGCGCCGGAGGAGGCAAAGAGCCCAGCCCUCGCAGCGAAUCCGCCCCGUCCCCCGCGCCCGCGCCCGCGCGUGUGCCAUGCCCCGCCCCCCGACCCCCAUACCCCCGCGCCAACCAUGGAGAGGCCGGCGAAGAGGACGAGGAGGUGCCUGCAGUGCGGAGCGGCCGAGACGCCGCAGUGGAGGUCGGGGCCGAUGGGGUCGGGCACGCUCUGCAACGCCUGCGGGGUCCGGCUCAAGGCGGCCGGGGCGCUGCGGGAGCAGGUGCAUCGCCCCCCGCCGGCGACCGCUAGGACGGUCGCCGAGCCGCCGCCCGAGAGCCCCGUCAGCCCAGUGUCAGACUCGUCGCCGGACGGCCCGAUCUGGGAGCCCGGGUCAGUUCCCGACGUUUACCUGCUGAGGAAGAAGCCGCCGAAGCAGGGUAGGUCUCCGCCUGCGAGGACGGAGGCCGCGUCGCCGCCGGCGGUGUUCCUGGUCAAGAAGAAGAAGAAGAAGAAGGCGCCGAAGACGCCGAAGAAGAAGCCGUGGCGGCCUCGGAAGUCGGCGAAGCGGUGCCUACACUGCGGCUCGUCGUCGACGCCGCAGUGGCGGGAGGGUCCGAUGGGCCGCAGCACGCUGUGCAACGCGUGCGGCGUGCGGUACAGGCAGGGGCGGCUGCUGCCGGAGUACCGGCCGCUGGCGAGCCCCACCUUCGAGCCGUCGGAGCACGCCAACAGGCACAGCCAGGUGAUCCAGCUUCACCGACAGCGGAAGAGCCAGAAGAGCCAGCAACCCCUGCCAACGGAGGAGCCGCGACCCGUGGACGACCCGACCGGCGCGCUAGCGUGCAGCGGCGGCGAUGACCCGAUGAACGUGCUCCUGCCCCGGCGAUGGCACAACAAGAACGAGUACCCGCCAACACCGCUCCACCAGCCCCUGCCGCAGCCGGCGGACAGCCUCGCCGGCGACCAACACGUUGGGGACAUCGACGACUCGGCCCAAGGACGUGGCGGCGGCGGCAGCAAUGACCCAAACGACGCGCCGAGCUCGCUGGACUCGUUGCUGCUCGAAGGGCCGUCGGCGCCGCUGAUCGUCGACGGAGACGAGUCCUUGAUCGACUAGCUAGCCUAUCCAACUAGAGAAAAUCAGCUGAGAUGAGAAUAGUAAUCUUCUUCGGCCUCUUUUUUUUUCCGGUAACUUUAUCGAUUUGGUUGUGUGUAUCUGUUCCUCUUGGAAAUUUUUCGUGUAGGAUUUGAUCAUGGCAGGAUUUGGAGCAACGCUGCAGCCAAUUCUGAGAGUUAUACAGUCAGAUACGUGCAAUGGGAGCAUGCUUGCCUGCAGCUGUGCCUUUUCAUGACUCUCAACACAAAUGGUACUCCAGUCUUGUCGAUGUGAAGUGAGAGCCGAAUUGGGCAAGCCGAUGUGCAGGUGGAGUACCCAAAUGAUAUUCCUCUGACUCAAAACCUACCUAUUCCUAGGGAUGCAGUUGCAGAUUGGGCACGGUGAUGCUUCUUCUCUCUUUUGCUCUGCAUCCAAAAGCAAGAGAGAGAACAGAGAAGGAUGCCGCCUGCCUAAAAUCUUUGCCAUGUUUCACUGAACUGGGAGGAAACUGCUGAUGUGUCUCUGAUGUCUUGGAAAGUUUUCGUGACGAGCUUGGUCGCUA